GAGAGAGAGAGACAGAGACAGAGACAGAGACAGAGAAAGGAAGGAGAGAUGGAGGUAUAAUGUAAAAUAACCUUUUAUGUGCGUACAUGUACGUGUCUAGAGACACACAUUUUCAAGUCCUUCUAAUGACACACUUUAUAUGUACGUGUAUCUAGUAACACACUUGUCGCCCCUGCUAAUUAGUUUCUCUCCUCCACUGUCACCCCAAUAAAGAGAACAAGAAGAUACGAGCUUUUCAAACGGAAAAAGUGAGCCGCCGACUCCUGAUAUCAACGGACUCACGAACGGUCUGGAGAGUGACGGACUGCUGCAGAUAUCGAAGACGAAAAGCCCUGAAGUCACCAAGAGCAAGAAGGACGAUGAGGACCACGCAGACACCGACAGCCUCGACCUCACGGACCCCGAUGACGUAUUAUUCGCCCAGAUGGAGCGGGGGAUGUUGCUCAGCAUCUGUUACGCGGCCAACACAGGUGGGAUGGCCAGUUUGACAGGCACUGGACCCAACCUGGUGCUCAAGGCCGCGGUGGACGAUCCUGCAACGUCUGCAAAGAGGGAAGUGAGGAGAGUAAACGAGUGCAUGAAGUGAUAGCGGAGGAGUACCGGAAGAUGGGGCCCGUCUCAUGUAGCCAAAAGAUUAUCAUCAGCCUGUUCGUUAUUCUGGUCGCUCUGUGGAUCACCCGGGACCUGGGCGGCGUGGUGGGAUGGGCCAAAACUUACCCGUCAAAAUUUAUCAACAGCAGCUGCCCCGCCAUGUGUAUCGCUCUCUUAUUGUUCGCCAUACCGCGGAGUCUCCCUAAACCGGCUAGGGAGGGUGAGGGUGUGAAGAAGGCGAUGCCUCUGAUGGAGUGGCCCUACAUACAGAAACGUCUCCCCUGGCAUCUCGUCUUUCUCAUCGGCGGAGGAUUUGCCUUGUCUAAGGGCAGCAAGAGGUCAGGCCUGUCCGCCAUGUUGGGUAAACAGCUGGACGUGUUUGGGGGCAUCGACAAGUGGGGUGUGCUCUUCUUCAUCAGCUACGCCACCUCCCUGCUCACCGAGGUUACUUCCAACUCUGCCAUCUGCAAUCUGGUUCUGCCCAUCUUGACAGAACUG